GCACUUCCGAGGGUAUUCCGCAUUCGCGAAAUUUUCUCUUGCCCGGCUUCCCCAUUGCUUUCUCCAGCUUCAACCUUUUUGCAUCCUGUCAUUAUUUUCCGUAUUUGGGGCAUUGUUCUGUUUCCCUUCAUUUGUCUGGGUACGGGGUUUGCUUUUACUAUAUUCAAUUGCCCUUGUACUUGUAUAUCAUAACUUUUUUGAUUUUUUUUUUCACUCUCCAUUCUUCCCCGACGCCGCCAUUUUUCUUAAUUCCGUUUCCCAACUGGGUCUGGAGCUUCUGGACAGUUAGCUUCAGGUUCAUCUUCCUUUAAAAUUCGCUUUCCCUCCUAAUCAAUCGAUUAUAAUGGCGCAGACCAAUGGCGAGUUGGAGCACUCGAAAGAGUCUCCAGAACAGCUCACCAAUGGAAACCACCCCGAGGGAGCUCAGGAAGAGGAGCAGAACGGAGGCCUUUUCCAGAUCUCCGUUAAGCUUCCUCAUGAGCCCUAUAAGAUUCAGGUGAUGGUGUCAAGCCAGGAGCAAGUCCAGGAUGUCCGACAGUCAAUUGUCGAGCUUCCCAGCACCUUCCAGUAUACUUGCUUCCACCUGGAGUUCAACGGCAAGCGCAUCAACGACUUUGUUGAGCUCUCCGAGGUCCCCGAUUUGAAGGCCGAUUCGGAAAUUAUUCUUGUGGAAGACCCAUACACCGAGAAGGAAUCUCGCAUGCACGUUGUCCGAAUGAGAGAGCUGGUCGGAGCUGCAGGCGACCGUGUCGACAACCUCCAAGGUAUUAGCGCUGGCCUUUCACUGCACGAUUCUAUCUCCGCCGAGGCGGCUGAUGGUGAAACCGCUGAUAAGGACCAUUCGUUGUCCAAAUACGACAUUGCCGGCGCACCGGCUCUGAAGACCAUCCUCCCCAGAGCAGAGGCUCCUCUCCCUAAGACUGUCAAGUCGAUUUCGCUAUCCCCAUGGAACCCUGUCCCUUAUCAUCUCCGCCAGAAGGGACACCUGCUGUAUCUCCAGGUCAUUACCAACGAGGGCGAGCAAUUCCAGAUCACUUCUCACGUUUCUGGCUUCUUCGUGAACAAGUGCUCUAAUGCCAGGUUCGAUCCUUUCCCGAAGCCUAUGCCUAAGAAAGGAAGCGCCCACUCUCUUCUUACCUUGAUCUCUUACCUGUCUCCUUCUUUCAACGCCUCUUUCGAAGCUCUGCAAGAGGCCAAUAACAAGAAGGAUCUCCUUACUACCUUCCCUUUCCAGAACGCCAUCCCUAACAGCCCAUGGCUCGUUGCUCCCCCUUCAUCCAAUGUAAAUGCCCACCAGCCUGAUAUCACACGGUCGCAGGAGAACUAUUUGAUAUCGGGUGUCGACAAUGCGGAAACCUUGCGAGACUGGAACGAGGAAUUCCAGACCACGCGGGAGUUGCCUCGCGAUACCGUUCAGGACCGAGUUUUCCGGGAGCGCCUGACAUCUAAGUUGUUCGCUGAUUAUAAUGAGGCUGCGGCCCGCGGUGCCGUUUUGGUUGCCAAGGGUGAGGUGGCUCCCCUCAACCCCACAGAGGGUCGUGACGCCCAGAUCUUUGUGUACAACAACAUCUUCUAUUCCUUCGGCGCUGACGGUGUCGGCACCUUUGCCUCCGAGGGUGGAGACGAAGCUGCUCGUGUAGCUGUCGGUAAGGAUGUUGUAGGAAUCAAGGCAGUUAACCAGCUGGACAUCAACGGUCUGUUCACCCCUGGAACCGUAGUUGUGGACUACCUUGGAAAACGUAUUGUUGGUCAGAGUAUUGUGCCUGGUAUCUUCAAGCAGCGCGAACCUGGAGAGCACCAGAUUGAUUACGGUGGUGUUGAAGGCAAGGAUGUCGUGGCCACCCACCCCGACUUUGUGCCAGUUUUCGAGAAACUGUCCAAGGCCCUUCGGAUCAAGAAGCACGCUGUUUGGGAUAAAGACGGAAAACGUCAUGAUCUUGAAGGCAGUGUUGAAACCAAGGGCUUGCUUGGAACCGAUGGCAGGAAAUAUGUGCUUGAUCUUUACCGCGUCGCCCCUCUGGAUGUCACUUGGCAGGAAGAAGAAGGCAGCGAUGUCUACCCCCAUCGCAUGUCAGUUUUGAGGUUGGAGCUUGUUGAGUCCUACUGGAGGCACAAGAUGAGCCAAUACGUGAAGGCCGAGGUUGAACGUCGCCGUAGCGCCAAGGCUGAGGAAGCCGCUUCCAAGGAGAAAUCUGAAGAUGCUGAAUCCAAGGAGCAGGGCUCCGAAGAGAAGAGUGAGGAGGCAGCGGACCAGGAGCGGGUUGACAUUUCUGGAUUCUCUCUCGCGCUGAACCCUGAUGUCUGCAGCGGUCAGAUCCCUCAGACUGAUGAAGAGAAGGAGCAGUGGGCUCAGGACGAGAAGGAAGUUCGAGAGACUUGCGACUUCCUGCGGUCUAAGGUGAUGCCUGAGCUGAUUCAGGAUCUUCACGAUGGAGAUGUCGGCUUCCCGAUGGACGGACAGUCUCUUGGUCAACUUCUGCACAAGCGUGGUAUCAACAUCCGCUACCUCGGCAAGUUGGCACGGAUGUCUAAAGAGAAGGGUGCCCGUCUGGAUGCUUUAACCAUCCUGCUUGUACAGGAAAUGAUUGCCCGUGGCUUCAAGCACAUUGCAAACCAGUACUUGCGCAACGUGUCGGCCCCGUUCACUGCCUCAUGCAUUGCCCACCUGCUGAACUGCCUCCUUGGUGCCGAUGUCAACUCUAACCCUCAAGCUGACAUCGACGCGUCGCUGCGGAAAAUUUAUCCCGAGGCCGACUUCUCUUUCGAGAAGGUUACUCCAGCAACCCUGCGGGCUGAGAUUGAGAAGCAAGUUGCUACCCGGUAUCGUUUCACCCUUGAAUCUGAGUGGUUCAAUUCAUUGAGACAUCUGCAACUCCUUCGUGAUAUCUCAAUCAAGCUCGGUCUCCAGCUUGGCGCCCGUGAUUAUGCUUUUGCUAAGUCUCAGCUGCCCGCCAAGGUGCCUCCUACUAAUGGUGCCAACGACUCUAGCCAAGACGAAGGCAGGAAGAAGAAAAAGAAGGGCGGCAACUCCAACUCUCCGGCUCGUGCACCCGCUCAGGAGAAGCCCGCUGUUUCUAUCGUUCCAGACGAUAUCCUCAACAUUGUACCUCUGGUUAAGGAUGCUUCCCCUAGAAGUUCCCUUGCCGAAGAGGCACUGGAAGCCGGACGUAUCUCUCUUAUGCAGAACCAGAAGCAGUUAGGCCAGGAACUCAUCUUGGAAUCCCUGUCUCUGCACGAGCAGAUCUACGGCAUCCUCCACCCAGAAGUUGCCAAGCUGUACCACCAACUGUCCAUGCUUUACUACCAGACUGAUGAGAAGGAGGCUGCUGUGGAACUGGCUCGGAAGGCCGUCAUAGUCACUGAGCGCACCCUCGGUGUUGAUUCGGCUGACACCAUCUUGAGCUACCUCAACCUUAGUCUGUUCGAGCAUGCUUCUGGAAACACUAAGACUGCUUUGGUCUACAUCAAGCACGCUAUGGAUCUGUGGAAGAUUAUUUACGGAUCAAAUCACCCUGAUUCCAUCACCACCAUGAACAACGCAGCUGUGAUGCUCCAGCACCUCAAGCAAUACUCGGACUCUCGGAAAUGGUUCGAGGCUUCAUUGUCUGUGUGCGAGUCACUCUUUGGCAAGCAAUCUAUCAACACUGCAACCAUCUUGUUCCAGCUGGCACAGGCGCUUGCACUUGAUCAAGACUCCAAGGGAGCCGUUGGCAAGAUGCGUGAUGCUUACAACAUUUUCCUCAGCCAACUGGGUCCCGAUGACCGCAAUACUAAGGAAGCGGAGACAUGGCUGGAGCAGCUCACCCAGAAUGCGGUUUCUAUCGCCAAGCACGCCAAGGAUAUUCAGGCUCGCCGACUGCGCCGUAUCAACAUGAACACCCGUACUCUUGGUACUAAGGUCCAGCCUCAGGUCGGCCAGGCUGCACCUUCGUCAUCUGGAGCCUCUGCAGGCAACUCUUCGCUGGACUCUCGGAGCAUUGAUGAACUGCUGAAGUUUAUCGAAGGUGGCGAUACCAGCUCUUCUUCGCGGUCUAAGCAGAAGAAGCGUGCCGCAGCUAGCAACCCCAAGCUGCGUGGCUCGAAGAAGUCGUCGGCUUGAACAUUUCUUUAAUUCUUCUCUUUUGGUAAAAAAAUCUACCGGUUCCUUUCUUGACCUUUUACUUUUAUGCCCUACCUGUGUUAAGAGUACUAUAUAUGAACGUCAUUCUAUAGGAGCGGGAAACGUCGGAUGAGCGGGAUACUUGAUUAUACUAUUAUUUUUUUUUUUUAGAAACCUCUCUACUCUCUUUCACCGUUCGGUGUUUCAUGGCUUUUGUUCUCUGGCAUGAUUCAACCCUCACCGAGCAGCACAUAGCAAGCUCGAGUGAUUUGCAUGCUAUCCUGUGAUGUGUUCUAUGUACCAUAUAUGAUAACGAGUGUCUUAAACAUGCAUAUAUAAUGAAAUUAUGCAUUUCCAGUGCUUG